AUGUUUAUCAAACUAGCAGGUGUACCCCAGCCCCUACCUCCCCUUCCGGGCAGGGGUGCAGUUAAAUGUCUGAAUACAGUGCUACCUGAGCUCUGGGAGUGCCGUAACGACUCGGUUAAGAACUGGAAUGUCUCGGAUUACUCCACGUUAGGGGACGUGUGUUGCGCCCAAUGGGAUAACCUGGAGUGUGACCUGGAUGUUGCCGCUAACUCCAACUGCGAGGCCGAAGAGCUGGCUGAUGUCAACAACUAUUUCUCGCAAUUAAUUGAUUUUUAUAACCGCAAAACGUGUAAAGAUUUCCCGCGAGGGGGCACUCACUGUAUACUGCCAACCCUACUGACACUCGAUGAACAGCGCUUACAACUGGAAAAGGAGUUGGACUCCAAGAAUGCCGUCAAUGAAAUAAAGAUACCCCCGCAACCCCUGCCCGACCCCCUGGCGCUGGACUGUUUAGGUACCCUCAACCCUAUAGUUAGGGUUGGCUGCCGACAGGUGGCGUUUAUCAAGUGGAAUAUUACUCACCACAAAAGGCCCCCGGUUAGAAAUAUAUGCUGCGCCACGUGGGACGAUAUUGAUUGUCUGGAUGAUAUUGCCAAGCUUAAAUGUCCGCAACAAGAGCGUGUGUCCAUAGAAAGCUAUUUUAGUCAGCUGGAAAGUUGGUUAGCCGGCAUUGGCUGUGGACAGGCAUCUUAUCACAGCAGCAACUGUAGCACACCCUCUGACCCCACCAGACCUCCAGUUCCCGCUAAUGAACAGUCAGUAAACGUCCAGAUUAAUGACCAGGAUAAUAUCGAUGUCAUAUUCCCGGCCAGACACCAACGUCUCGGUGUCAAUGAUGAGGGUACCAGUGCUGAGGAUAACCAACUGAACUCCGACUACAAGUACUUUAUACUAAACUAUAUGAUGGCUGUCUUCCCACACCUCCUCAAUCUGAUGGCACUGUUGGCCGUAAUACUGGUGACCGUCAUAUGUGUCCAGUGUUUCAUAAUAGCCAGACAAGUGAAGCACGAGAGAUAUUUCCGGGAUAUCAAUGGCCAGGGAUAUCAGAAAGUCAACAUUUAGCAUGCUAAUUAAUGUGUGCUUGUUAUUACUGUUAUACUUCUAAAUUAUCUUGUUUAUUUUUUAAAAAUAUUUUUAAUCAAUAAUUUUGAUAAAUAUCAUGUAAUCAAGCUAAC